AUGGGAACGGGAGACCCGAAACUGAGACAUGAUGAUGAGGUUCCGGGUGGAGAUGAGAAUAGUGGUAGUAGUCUGUUCGUGGUGGCGUUAGAAAUGGCUCAUGGUUCUUGUUCGACAAUGGACCCCUUAAAUUCUGAUUGUGUUGGUGGUUGUUUUUUGUGUGAUUGUGAAGGUCACAACGAAGGUGAAAAAGUUGAUAUGUUGGGUGGGUUUGGGCGAUUGCUGGUGGAGGUAGGAGGAGGAAUUGGUGUUGAAGUAGCAAUUAGAGUAGGAUGGCAGCUUGGAUAUGGGAGAUUUUGCUUGAGAACCGGAAGAAGAAGAUUUGAGCCCAAUGAUGACGGGGACAGCGACAGCGACAACGAUCUUAGGGCUAGUUGCACUCGGUCACAAAAUUCACAGAAAUGGCCUCAAGUCCUUGGAAUAUAUGGUUGGUGGUACACACAAUGUGUUAAUGGCCUCAAGUCGCAGAAGGAUGUCUCUUCUGGUAGCUCUUCUAAUAGCUCUUCUGUUGGUGGACUUCUUGUCCUAAUAAAGGAGAAAGAGGGUAAGGGGAAGGGGAAGAGGAAGGGAAAGACCAACGAUGACGAGGUUAAGCAGAAGAACGAGAAUGAGGUGGUUGUGGGUAUGAAACAGAACGAGAAUGGGAAACCUGAAGCUGAGGUUGUUGAUAAGAAACAGAACGGGAACGAGAAACUUGAAGCUGAGGUUGCUGACACAAAUUUAAAUAGCGGGAAGUUCGGUGACAUACAUGAUGAUGAGGUUGGGUGGAGAUGA